UGCACCACUUCCCUCAGCAUACAAUCCAACAUGACCCGAGUCCUGUUGACCGGAGGCAGCGGCUUCAUUGCCGCACACACUCUCGAUGUCCUGCUAGCACACGGCCACAGCGUCGUCACCACAGUCCGCAGCCAGGACAAGGCAGACAAGGUCGCCGAGUCGUUCAAGAGCCAGGUGGAAAAGGGCCAGCUGAGCUUUGCCAUUGUUGCAGACAUUGCACAGCCCGAUGCCUUUGACCAGGCCGUGGUUUCAGACCCUCCUUUCGAGGCGGUACUCCACACUGCGAGUCCAUUCCACUUCAAUGUGACAGACAUCAAGAAAGACCUCCUCGACCCGGCCGUCAUCGGAACCACAGGCAUACUCAAGUCCAUCAAGAAGAAUGCGCCCACAGUAAAGCACGUCGUCAUCACCUCGUCCUUUGCCUCCAUCGUCGACGGAUCCAAAGGCAACUGGCCAGGCCACGUCUACACCGAGGAGGACUGGAAUCCCAUUACGCCGGAACAGGCCCUCGAAAACCCCAUGUACGGAUACCGCGCAAGCAAGACGUUUGCAGAGAAGGCGGCGUGGGAAUUCGUCGGAAAGGAGAAGCCAAACUUUAGCCUAUCCACCAUCAACCCGCCCUUGGUCUUUGGGCCCAUUUCACAUCCUCUCGAAAGCCUCGACAACAUGAACACAUCCAAUCAGCGCGUCCUCGGCGCUGCCCAGGGCAAGUUCAAAGACGAGAUUCCUCCCACCGGUGUGCACUUGUGGGUCGACGUCCGCGAUGUUGCCGAGGCCCACGUGGCGGCCAUGGAGAAGCCAGAGGCGGCCAACAAGCGCUUCUUGGUCUCUGCCGGCUUCUUCUCCAACAAGGAAAUGUGCCAGAUCAUCAAGAAGAACUUUCCAGAGUUCAAGGACCUGCCCAGCGACACGACGCCCGGCGGCGACUAUCCCGAGGGCACGCCCGACACGGGACUGUACAAGCAGAGCAACCAGCGCUCCAUUGACGUCCUCAGCCUACAGUACAAGACGUUUGAGCAGUCCAUAGUCGACACGGUCAAGUCAUUCCAGCAGAAGGGAUUGUAGACGAUGCUGUGGAAUGCGCAUUCGGUUAUUCGAUUGGCUACGUAGACUAUCUAGCUUGUGCUGUUGCAGCAACGCGUCUGCUUCCAUUGCAGCUGUAUUGACCUAGACAAUGCCUUGUUAGCGCAUGAAGCGACUAGAGAUGGACAAUGCGACAUGAAUUUCAGCAAUCAGCCUGUUGAGCUU